AUGGGGUGUGUUUUUGGGAAAGAGGUUCAGUCAAACGGCCCACCUGGCAGUGAAUAUGUUGUCGGUGAGAGAGAAAGUAAGGGUGGCGAGAGAAACUUGUCGGUCCCGUCCGGGAGGAAAGAGAGGGAGGUGUUUAGCUCCAUAAGUAAAUCUGAUGCUGAGAGUAAUGCCGGUGUCCGUGAAGCUCAAAAUGGUGGGGAAGAGAAAAAUGAAGAACCCAAGGAUGAGGGCCCACGAAGACCAAGGGGAGAAAGGCGGAGGUCGAGGCCAAAUCCGAGACUGAGCAAUCCACCUAAGCAUAUUCAUGGCGAGCAAGUGGCUGCCGGGUGGCCAUCUUGGCUCUCGGCUGUUGCGGGUGAGGCCAUCAAUGGGUGGACACCUCGUCGGGCGGACUCAUUCGAAAAAAUAGAUAAGAUUGGACAAGGUACUUAUAGUAAUGUGUACAAAGCUAGAGAUGCCAUUACGGGAAAGAUUGUUGCGCUGAAGAAGGUUAGGUUCGACAACUUGGAGCCCGAGAGCGUGAGGUUUAUGGCUAGGGAGAUAUUGAUUUUGCGCCGUUUGGAUCAUCCGAAUGUUGUGAAGCUGCAAGGACUUGUGACGUCUAGGAUGUCGUGUAGCUUGUACCUUGUGUUUGAUUACAUGGAGCAUGAUUUGGCUGGGCUUGCCUCCAGCCCGAGUGUCAAGUUUACGGAGCCACAGGUGAAAUGCUACAUGCAUCAGCUUUUGUCGGGACUUGAGCACUGCCACAAUCGCCAUGUGUUGCAUCGUGACAUUAAGGGUUCUAACCUUCUUAUUGAUGAUGGUGGAAUUCUUAAGAUUGCCGAUUUUGGGUUGGCAUCGACCUUUGACCCUAAUAACAAGCAGCCAAUGACGAGUCGUGUGGUCACCCUUUGGUACAGGCCACCAGAGCUGCUUCUUGGUGCCACCGAGUAUGGUGUGGGUAUAGACUUGUGGAGUGCUGGGUGCAUUUUGGCCGAGCUAUUUGCUGGGAAGCCCAUCAUGACAGGGAGGACAGAAGUGGAACAGCUGCACAGAAUUUUUAAGCUCUGUGGUUCUCCAUCAGAUGAAUAUUGGAAAAAGUCAAAACUCCCUCAUGCAACUAUAUUCAAACCCCAACACUCAUAUAAAAGAUGCAUAAGGGAAACGUUUAAAGAAUUUCCGGCGUCAGCAUUGCCUCUGAUCGAUACUCUACUUGCAAUUGAUCCGAGUGAGCGACUGAGUGCUACAAGUGCCCUGAACAGUGAAUUCUUUAGUACCGAGCCAUAUGCAUGUGAUCCUUCUAGUCUUCCAAAGUAUCCACCAAGCAAGGAAAUGGAUGCUAAGCGUCGCGAUGAGGAAGCUCGAAGGUUAAGAGCCGCUGGUAAAACCCACAUAGAUGUGGUAAAGAAAACACGUACUCGUGAUCGGGGAAUGCGGGCCAUGCCUGCACCUGAAGCCAAUGCUGAGCUUCAAGCCAAUAUUGAUAGACGACGGCUAUUCACCCAUGCAAAUGCUAAGAGCAAAAGUGAGAAGUUUCCUCCUCCCCACCAAGACGCAGGAAUAGGCUUCCCAUUGGGAUCGUCCAAUCACAUAGACCCAACUUUCGACCCACCAGAUGUACAUGUACCGUUUACUUCCAUGAAUUUCUCAUAUGCCAAAGAGCCCAUCCAGACAUGGUCAGGCCCAUUGGUCGAUCCUUCUUCCGUAAAGAGAAAAUCGAAGCCGUCUAAGAAAGAUCAUCGCAAGGACAGAAAUCCUGCAAGAGAUUAA